GAGGCGCAGCUGAGGUGCUGCCCGGGCCUGUAGGGUCAUCCCGGCGAUGGCGAUCCCCCCGCUGGCUGUUCCGUGUGCGGUGCCCCCUCAGGCCCUCAGCCGAGCCAGCCCAGCUCCCGCUGCUCCUCCUCAUUCCCUGACCCACAGACAUUUCAUCCGGAAAUCCCUGCAGGAUCACUGCCCCAGGUGGUGGGGAAGGCGGGCUUUUAAAGAGAUUCAAGCUUAAACUGCACCAGCCUGUUCUAAUAAUCACAGGAUGUUCUGAGCUGGAAGGGACCCACAAGGAUCAUCAAGUCCAGCUCUGGAGUGAAUGGCCCAUUCCAGGACUGGCCCCACAACCUGGGUGUUUUUAGCACCAGGCUCUGACCUGCUGAGCUCAUCUCAGGGUUCUGUGGCUGGUGGCAGGAGGUGGCAGCAUGAGCGAGUUCCGCAUCCACCACGACGUGAACGAGCUGCUGAGCCUGCUGCGCGUGCACGGCGGCGAGGGCGCCGAGGUCUACAUCGAGCUGCUGCAGAAGAACCGCACGCCCUACGUCACCACCAACGUCUCUGCCCACAGUGCCAAGGUGAAAAUAGCAGAGUUUUCUCGAACUCCUGAAGAUUUUUUAAAGAAGUAUGAUGAGCUGAAGUCUAAAAACACAAGACAUCUGGAUUCUUUAGUUUAUCUGCUGUCCAAACUCACCGAAGACAAAGAGACACUCCACUACCUGCAGCAAAAUGCAAAAGAAAGGGCAGAACUGGCAGCAAAUGCAGGCACCAGCAGCAGCAGCACAAAUUUCUCCAUCCCCUGCUCCACCUCCAAGAUGUCUCUGCAGGAGCUGGAGGAGCUGCGCAAGCAGCUGGGCAGUGUCACAGCCAGCUCCAGUGCACAGCAGCCUCUCGAGCUUACCCGAAAAAUCCUCCGGGAUAAGCAGAACAAGAAGAAUUCUGGGCAGCCCAUUCCAGUAUUUCCAUCCUGGGUCUAUGAGAGACCUGCACUCAUUGGGGAUUUCUUAAUUGGCACCAGCCUAAGCACUGACACAACAGUACCAAUAGGCACUUUGCCACUGGCCUCCCAGGAAUCCAUGAUUGUGGAGGACUUGCUGUACGUGCUGAUUGGAGUGGAUGGCAGGUACAUCACAGCACAGGCCCUGGUGGGCAGGCAGAACAGAGCCUUCUCACUUGAUCCAAACCUGGACUUGUCCAUCAAGGAGUUGGUGACCAGGAUUCUUCCUGUGGCUGCCAGUUACUCUGCUGUCACCAGGUUUAUAGAGGAGAAGUCCUCCUUCGAGUAUGGACAGGUAAAUCAUGCUCUGGCUGCAGCCAUGAGGACUCUAAUCAAGGAAUACAUGAUAUUAAUUACCCAGCUGGAGCACCUUCAGAGGCAGGGCCUGCUGUCACUGCAGAAGCUGUGGUUUUACAUCCAGCCCACAAUGAGGACCCUGGAGAUUCUGGCUUCACUGGCUACUUCUGUGGAUAAGGGUGAGUGUAUGGGAGGAUCAACCCUGAGCUUGCUCCAUGACAAGACUUUCAAUUACACAGGGGACAGCCAGGCCCAGGAGCUGUGCCUGUAUUUAACCAAGGCAGCCAGCGUGCCUUACUUUGAAAUCCUGGAAAAGUGGAUAUAUAGAGGCAUCAUUAAUGAUCCAUACAGUGAGUUCAUGGUGGAGGAGCACGAGCUGCAGAAGGAGAAGAUUCAGGAGGACUAUAAUGACAAGUACUGGGAUCAGAGAUACACUGUUGUCCAGCAGCAGAUCCCCUCCUUCCUGCAGAAAAUGGCUGACAAAAUCCUAAGCACAGGCAAAUAUUUAAAUGUUGUGAGGGAAUGUGGGCGAGAUGUCACCUGCCCUGUGGCCAAAGAGGUCAUCUACACUUUAAAGGAGAGAGCCUAUGUGGAGCAAAUAGAAAAAGCAUAUAACUAUGCCAGCAAAGUUCUUCUGGACUUCCUGAUGGAGGAGAAAGAGCUGGUGGCUCACCUAAGAUCUAUAAAACACUAUUUCCUGAUGGAUCAAGGGGACUUUUUUGUUCACUUCAUGGAUCUGACAGAGGAGGAACUGAAGAAGCCUGUGGAUGACAUCAUAACAACAAGGCUGGAGGCUCUGCUGGAAUUAGCCCUGAGAAUGAGCACAGCCAACACUGAUCCCUUCAAGGAUGAUUUAAAGAUUGACUUGAUGCCCCAUGACCUCAUCACACAGCUGCUGAGGGUGUUGGCCAUAGAAACAAAGCAGGAGAAAGCCAUCAUCAGUGCAGAGCCCACAGAGCUCACCCUCAGCGGCCUGGAGGCCUUUUCCUUCGACUACAUUGUGAAGUGGCCUCUGUCCCUCAUCAUAAACAGGAAAGCACUGACAAGGUACCAGAUGCUUUUCAGACACAUGUUCUACUGCAAGCACGUGGAAAGGCAGCUGUGCAAUGUUUGGAUCAGCAAUAAGACAGCCAAACAGUUCUCCCUGCAUUCAGCUAAGUGGUUUGCUGGUGCUUUCACACUGCGGCAGCGGAUGCUGAAUUUUGUGCAGAAUAUCCAGUAUUACAUGAUGUUUGAAGUGAUGGAGCCAACAUGGCACAUCCUGGAGAAGAACCUGAAGCUGGCAUCCAACAUUGACGAUGUCCUGAGCCACCACACCAGCUUCCUGGACAACUGCCUGAAGGACUGCAUGCUCACCAACCCAGAGCUGCUCAAGAUCUUCUCCAAGCUGAUGUCUGUGUGUGUCAUGUUCACCAACUGCAUGCAGAGGUUCACCCAGAGCAUGAAGCUGGACAAUGAGAUGGAGAGGCUCACCCUGGAGCACGGCACCAUGCUGGGCCCUCCCACCGAGGAGGAGCGUGCUGAGGAGGCUGCCAAGAAGAAGCUGACCAACAAGCUUUUAGCAGAGCAUGCUGACAGCCUGCACCUCACAUCUGGCUUUGAAGCCACCAUCAACAAGUUUGACAGCAAUUUCUCCACACAUCUGCUGGACCUGCUGGACAAGCUGAGCGUGUACAGCACCAAUGACUGUGAGCACAGUAUGCUCAACAUCAUCUACAGGUUGGACUUCAAUGGCUUCUACACGGAGCGCCUGGAGCACAUGUCGGCCGAGCGCAGCCGCAAGGCGCCGCCGCUGCUGCCCCGCCUGGCCGUGCCUGCCCAGUGAGCCCAGCCCGCCCUGCCACAACCCCUGCCAGCCCUCACUCUCCUGACCUGUUUGUAAUGUUUCAGGCUUUUUUUGCUCUUUUUUUUUUUUUACUAUGUUGUACAAUGAUGUGUUUGUGUGUUGUAAAAUAAAUUAAAUAACAAUAACAACAAAAAAA